AUGACUGAUCUUACUUUGACGGUCGAAGAAGUGCAGGCAGUUCUCGAAAACCUUGACAGCACAAAAGCCACGGGACCCGAUAAUAUUCCUGCCCGUUUGCUUAAAGAGACAGCUCCUAUCAUCUCUCCGUCUCUGUGCAUGUUAUUCAACAAAUCCUUAGAUGAGGGUGUCCUACCGGAAGAGUGGAAACUAUCAAACAUCGUUCCUGUACAUAAGAAAGGCGAAAGAGAAUAUACAGAAAACUACAGACCAAUCUCGCUACUGCCAAUUGUCUCAAAAGUCUUAGAACGCUGCGUUUUCUGCAACAUUAAAGUCCACCUAUUCCAACUAAUACAGAAAUCACAGCAUGGAUUUAUUUCAGGCAAAUCAUGCAUAACGAAUCUUCUGGAAGUUCUUGAAUUCAUUGGCUUGGAAUUGGACGCUGGAGGGCAGAUUGACGCUAUUUACCUUGAUAUAUCCAAGGCUUUUGACAAAGUUAACCACGAGCGCCUCGCAUACAAAUUGCGCAUGGCAGGAUUUGGAGGUAAACUUCUCCAAUGGUUUCACUCCUACCUAACUAAUCGUAAACAACGUGUGACUGUCCUUGGUGCAACAUCAAAUACCCUCCCAGUAACUUCAGGCGUACCUCAAGGCUCAAUUCUUGGCCCUCUCCUCUUUGUCUUGUACGUCAGCGAUCUUCCUGACGCGGUCACAUCCAGCCAAGUUGCAAUGUUCGCCGACGAUACCAAACUAUUCACCUCCGUCAAAAGAGAAGACGACUGUAAACGCCUCCAAAGUGAUCUUGACAACCUGCAAACAUGGUCAUUAGCGUCUGGCCUCCCUUUCAACGAGAAAAAGUGUAAAUCACAACGAAUCACGAGAAAAACCAUGCCAAUCACGAACAACUACAAACUUAACACCCUAAACAUACAACAAACUGACAGUGAACGAGAUCUCGGCGUGUGGGUGGAGAACAAACUUACGUGGAACAAACAAGUUAACGAACAAUCGACCAAAGCAAACAAGUUACUUGGAUACAUCCGAAGAUCAUCUCUGUAUAUCCACAACACCUCAGUCCGGCGCACGCUGUAUCUGGCCCUUGUAAGACCACACCUAGGGUAUGCAACACAAGUAUGGGCUCCACAGUCAGUUGAACUGUUGAAACAAGUCGAGCGCAUACAGAGAAGAGCAACUAGAUUCAUCCUCGAGUUACCAUUUUCCAGUACCAUGGAUUAUACCACCAGGCUCUAUCGCUCCUACCAAUCUGUUAUUGGCAUGAGUACCUUGACAUGGUUCUCUUUUACAAGAUUACCCACGGACUUGUAGACAUAAAUGAAUCUCUCCUUCCAACAAUCCGCACCUCCAGACAAACUAGAUCUUCCACCAGUACUUCCACCAAAUAUGUCAUUCCGAAAUGCAAGACAUCCACCUAUCAACGAUCCUUCUUUAUCCGAUCAACUCGGAUCUGGAACCUCCUCGCCGAUCAACUAAAACUGGACACAUGUGGUUUCUCUACAUUUAAAACUGUCAUUUUUAAUUAUUACUCUAUGUCAUUAAGAACUUGUUACAAUGUCAACGACCCUCGUUCGUACAAAACCAUUUGUCCAAAGUGUAACUCUGUUCGUAGUCUUAGUAUUCCAAUCUCGUGCUGCAUGUGAAAGACGUAUUGUUGUUAUUUUCAUAUGCUGUUUGUUGUUAGUUGAUUAUUGUAUUUGUUAAAUUUGUAAUAUUAGUUUUAAUGUUAGUUUUACGGGGCCGUAGUAAUUGGCUAAGUGCUGUUACGGACUCCCUGCCAUUAAUUGUAAUAUAGUUAUCUACAAGGCAAAGCUAAUAAAUUAAAUUAAAUUAUAAUUAUGAUGUACAGUAAUGUGUAAACAAAAUCCUCAUAUAGUUUAUACUUGUAUUAAUAAGGAUUGUCGACAAAUAAAUUGUCCUUCAAUUGCCGACUUGUUCUGCGAUUGUUUCAACCCCCUUUCCCAUCACAGAUGAGUGGAUGUCUAUAUGUUCAUUGUAGUGAAAUUUUAUAAUAGAUAUAGUACAAUCUUAUCUACAAACAUGCAUGCUUUGCCAUUCAACGGUUGUGAUCAAUGCAGCUUAUUAGUAUGAUAUAACACCCUUUCCCACUUUUUUUGGACAAGUUCGCAAAUGAAGAACAAAAUCUAUUUAUUCUCAGCCCCCCCCCAAAAAAAAAAGUUAGCAAUCUUUAUUCAAUAUGAACAACCCAGCUCAAAAUGUGACAAGGAAAAGCUUGGGCAUGUUUGUCUUAUACUAUACAUACUGGCAAUAGAUCACUCAAAAAUAGAAACUAUAAUAUAUAACUAACAUAACAAAUUGGAAUUGAACUUGUACCUAUUUCUCACAAAGGUCAGUAAUUAUCUUAAAAAAGUACUGGUAUAUGCAUGCUGCAUAUCCUAAAUUUCAAAGCUCACAAACAUGUCUUCAGCUGACAUAAUAUGGUCACAUUUUGAAACAACUAACUCAACGCAAACUGUGAUUGCCAGGUUACCAAAUAAUCAAAAAUCUUGGACCUGGCCUUUUUUGGCAAUGGCCUACUUGUGGACUCAAAAUCAAAAAUAUUUUACAAAUAUAAGUUUUUAUUCGCUAGCGUUUAAAUUGUAACCCAUUGAGUCGCAUUGCACCCUACUUUAUUAUUUUACUCUGUUCAACACCAGACGAUUUUACUCAUCAAGGGGAGAUCAUGCUGGGACUUAAUGGUUAACUGGCCUAACUGCCCAUGUGUCCAGUUAACCCACUGAGUCGCAUUGCACCCUACCUUACUAUUUACUCUGUCUAAUGCCAGAUGAUUCAACACCAGAUGAUUUUACUCAUCAAGGGGAGAGCGCUGCCACAUAAGGGGUUAACCAAUAUGUUUGAUCUUGGUACAUGAUUUAUCAAAUUUUGAUAUCACAAGUGAUAUUUUGAAGUGGAAAGUCAUUCAAUUACUGGUUAAUAUCGAAGAAUUUGAACUCGUGAUCUGCCACGGAAAUGUAUUAAUCUAUAUACUAUACUGCAAAGCUCUGGAUAAAAAAAACACUAUCAGGUAGUGUAAUACUACCAUUAUGUAACAAAUAUAUUCUCAUACUGCAUAUAAUGUUUACUCAAACUUAAAUAUUAUUUACUGUAUUAAUAUAAUAUAUAAAUUAAACAAUAUUUUAGUUAAUAAUUUAACAAUUUGACUAUUCAAUUCAGUUUUGAAAAUAACUAUAUAAUAUCUAUAACUUUAAUUUUCAAUUUUUCUGAUACUUAGUCAUCUUGGCAGUUUGAAUAAUAAUUAUGGUGUAAAUGUUUUCAAACAAUGAUAGGUUCUACGGUUUAAACAUGAUAUAUAGAGCUAGCUGUGUUCUUGAUGCAACUGCAUGAUCAUCAUGCAAAGAUGGUGAUGGCUUAAGAAACAACAUCAACAAGAAGAGACUCCUCUUGUACUUCAAGUCAUCAAAUUCUUUUCACAAAAUUUUGAACAAGGUCUCAGUUCUGAGAUGUGAAGAGACUAUCAAGUAAUAAUGGUACAGGACCCGAAGAAAAUCAAACCAUUUGAGAGAAAGCCAAGCUACGCCAACAAGUGGACUUUAAAAUUGACAUGAAGUCUUUCCAUGGCUUGAAAAGCAUAGCAUAAGAAGCCGCAAAUUGCAAUGGGAAAGAACAAUUUGUAGACAUUCAAAUUUGAGUAAACAUUAUAUACAGUAUGAGAAUAUAUUUGUUACCUAGUGGUGGUAUUUUAAUACAGUACCUGGUUUUUUUAACCAGAACUCUGUAUAUAGAUUUAUAGAUACAUUUCCAUGGCAUUAUGGCGGAUCAUGAGUUCAAAUUCUUCGAUAUUAACCAGUAAUUGAAUGACUUUCCACUUCAAAAUAUCACAUAUGAUAUCAAAAUUUGAUAAAUCGUACGACAGGUGCAAUAAAAAUCCUUUUAAACAGCUGACUUUGAUAAAAACUUGCAGUUUGUGAAAUAUUUUUUAUUAUGAGUCUUCCCCCCCGUUAUGCCAAUGCUAAAAAAGGCCAGGUCGACAAAUACUCCAAGAUUUUUGGAUUAUUUGGUAACCUGGCAAUCAGAGUUUGCCAGGGUCCCUCCACGUGCACCAGAACCUUUAAACACGGGGACCCUGGGUACGAGGUUGGUUUUAGGGGUGGUCAUUGGAAGGAAAAAUUUGUCUAUAAAGUAUAAUAUUUUACAAGAAAAUGACCAUGCACCACCCCAGGUAAAUUGCUAAUUAUGCAUAAAAUAACUAAUAUGCCUGGCAGAAAUUAAACUUUCUUAUUUCCUAAAAAAAUUAUAUUAUGGGGUGAAAAACUAUGCCCAAUUUAAUAUAAUUAUUGUGGAUUUCAUAAGGAUUGUCAUUAUUUUCAUUAAAUAUAAUACAUUUUAUUUCACUUAUCCCCCACGAAAACACGAUUUCAGCCCAUUGAACUAAAAAUAACUGGAACGAUGCCUUCAACCCGAAAUGUGAAGCCAUGCCCAGGCAUGCCCACUGUUGUCAUGCCCAGUCUUUUCGCGUAACGGAAAACGCGUUUUUUUUUUAAAUUUCCAAAACUUUAUAGUAAAAAAUGCACUAAAACAUCGUUUAAGACGACGUAAAAUGCACCUACCAGUACAUUUUUACAAUAAAAACAUCCUUUAAAACUCUAGAGUAAAAUAUUUUUAAUUUAUUUAUGUAGAAUUCGUAAUUAAAUUUUCUUUUUUGAGAAAUACGUUGAGCGAGGAGUGGAGCUUGCCGUGGUCUAAUCAUACGUAUUUGUGUGAAUUUCCCUACUUUGCUCUUUCGUUUUCCAAUUUGUUCGUCUGAAAGUUAGGGAAAAAAGUAUUCUAACAAGAUCAAACUACAAACCACAGUUUAAUUAUGUUUUGCAGUAGAGUAUUUAUUAAAUUUUAAAGUACAAAAGAACAAAUAUAAACAUUAAAGACAUUAAAAACGUUUUUUCGCGGACAAGUAUUUCAUAUUGCGAUUAUUCACAUAAAUUCGGCAAGAAAUACACAGAACAAGUCGUCAACGAAGGCAAACAAAGUGAUAGAUACAGACUAAAUAAACUUAUCUUGUUUAACAGUUUAUGAAGUUGUUAUAAAUAUAUGUUUAAUACGUUAAAGUAGACGGAAUUACUUAUCUUUCUCAACUUUCAUCUACAUAUAUAAAACGUUCCAGUCAUUCAAAUAUGCACUUGUUGUCUUCAAUCAGCUACUCCCUUCCUUGCAAUUUUAUUCGGUAGGGUUUAAGACAUGUUUUAAAUGCACUUUUAAUACAAAAAUAUAGCUUAAAACCCUAAAUAAACAACAAUUUUCGAUCCAUUCGCCCGAGAAAAAACAUUCAAGUCACUGCCGAAAUGGUCUCGCGAGAAUGUCUCGCAACACAAACGCGCGUGUCUAGAGGUAAAAAUUGGCUUCAUCCAAUCAUAAGCCAAUCCUAUAGGAGGUAGCGUUCCAGGUAUUUUUAGUUCACUGUUUCAGCCAUAUUUUGCCGUCUUGUUUGCUUUUUAUCGCCGAAUCUGGCAAAUAUCAUCCAGUUGUUGUACUUUUACAUAAUCAUGAAUGGCUGGAGAAGAUUUCAAAGAAGGUUUCAUCAAGUUUGGAAACAGUGCAUUGUAUUUUAUCUUCGAUAUUGUGUCCUUCGAUAUUUCGUGAAAUAUGGCGCCAUUGCAAUGGCGCGCCGCUUCUCUGCCCAAUAAAUGCCACUUCUUCGUCUUCCUAUGUAUUUAGAUUACAGUAUCCAGAAGUAAUUCAUUGUAGAAUAGUCCCAAUCGAAAAAUUGAAAACAUUACUUGUAUCAUAGUUGAAAGGAGAAAACCUCCCAAUACAGUUGUCUUGUCAGAAUUCAAAAGAAGUAAUUUAAAAGUCACGCGCAAGUUCGUGAAAACUCCUCAUGGGCUACAUGACAGGGAGGGGGGGGGGGGGUGUGAAUAUUUUCACGAAACGUUUUUUCGCCACCACAGAAACCAAACUAAAUACACUAUUUUUAUUGAAUGUUUAUGAUUGAUGAUAAAAACAAUAAAUAUUUGCGUAUUUUUAUCAUCAAUCAUAAACAUUCAAUAAAAAUAGUGUAUUUAGUUUAGUUUCAAUUUUUCGAUUGGGACUAUUCUACAAUGAAUUACUUCUGAAUACUGUAAUCUAAAUACAUAGGAAGACGUAGAAGUGGCAUUUAUCGGGCAGAGAGGCGGCGCGCCAUUGCAAUGGCGCCAUAUUUCACGAAAUAUCGAAGGACGCAAUAUCGAAGAUAAAAUACACUGCACUGUUUCCAAACUUGAUGAAACCUUCUUUGAAAUCUUCUUCAGCCAUUCAUGAUUAUGUAAAAGUACAACGACUGGAUGAUAUUUGCCAGAUUCAGCGAUAAAAAGCAAACAAGACGGCAAAAUAUGGCUGAAAUAGUGUUUUCGUGGGAGGUAAGUGAAAUAAAAUGUAUUAUAUUUAAUGAAAAUAAUGACAAUCCUUAUGAAAUCUACAAUAAUUAUACUAAAUUGAGCAUAGUUUCUCAUCCCAUGAUAUUUUUUUUUAGGAAAUAAGAAAGCAUAUAUUUCUGCCAGGCAUAUUAGUUAUUUUAUGGUCAUUUUCUUGUAAAAUAUUAUACUUAGACAAAUUUUUCCUUCCAAUGACCACCCCUAAAACCAACCCUUCUGAACACUACAAGCACUUCAGAAAGGCUAUUGCUUUUCCUUUUCGGAAGUUAGAGCUAUGUCGACACUGCCGUUUCAAGGCGGGGUCAUUUUCAGGACUUUCGUCCCGGAUUCAGGUUUUGGCACAUAUGCCAUGUUGGUCAUUUUACCCUAAAACAGUUGAGAUUACCUGUCCUAAAUGAAACUCAUACAAACUCAUAUACAGGUCCUAGACAUACAGUACAUACAUACAUAUACAUCAUACAUAUAGCUACAUAUACACCAAUACAAAUUACUACAAAAUAAUCAUUAAGUAAAGGCCCAUUCAAACAGACUCAAUAUUGUUAGCCCAACAUGAUGUUGUUAGCCCACACAUGCACAAUUUUGAAAUAUUUAGAGUUUAGCUGCUUAUUUUCCAAAUCUAAUUGGGUUUAAUUUUAAGAUUUGUAUAGAAAUAAAAAAUCUGUGCUCUAAAAUAUUUGGAAAAGAAACAGUAUAUAAAACAUUUGAAGAUUGUUGGAUAAACAUGUUGGGUUCAUUUUAACAGGGCUUAAUAUUUUGUUUUACUUUAAUUUGUAGAUGCUACCAUGUUUCGUCCUGACAUAAGUAAAGACAACCAGCUGCAAACGUUUGUCAGCGAUGUUUGUAGGUAAUAAGGAGAUUAUUUGAUAUAACGAUAGUUUUUCUGAGCCGGUAAGCGUAAAAGCCGGAGGGUGCUACUCUGCAUGGAAAACGACAACAUCAACCUCGUACCCAGGUUCUCAAUCUUCGCUCCUACCUCGCUUGAAUUGAGACCGUAGUAUUGGCUGGUCACGUGACCCGUCAUAUUUCGGCGGAUUUGCUCAAAUGUUUUAGGGAAAGUAUAGUAAGUAGAUAUUGUAGUUAACAUUAAUAUUGUUAAAAUAAUAUUACAAGACAAAACAUCUCAGUUACUAUCCUUUCCCUAAAAACAAAUUGGCAAAUCCGCCAAAAUAUGACGGGUCACGUAACCAGCCGAUACCAGGGUCUCAAUUCAAGCGAGGUAGGAGCGAAGACUGAGAACCUGGGUAUGAGGUUGCGACAACAUGUGAUUCUAAAAGCACUAAUCGCCGUAUUUGUCGAGAGAUCGAUAGGCAUUAAUACAAUUUACAUGUUGUAUGUGAAAAAGCCAACCCGAAACCUCAGUACUUUGCCCAGAUCAUCGCAAAGCCCCCCAAACCUAGCCCAAAAGGCCCCAGUCGAUCAAAUUCGAUGCGAGCAGGGCUCCAAGCAGAGUUCUGGUACGCUUUGAUGCAAAUGAUAUGCAAUAUUCACUAAUAUUUUUCCAUCUUUUCAGGUCAUUAUAUCUCCGGUACUAUUCUACAACCGACGUUCGAGGGAUAACACUGUACAAGUAUUAUACUCCUCCAGACUUAUUUAAGUAUACUGCAGAUGUUCGAGCUGGGUUUUGUGUACCUAACAAUCUAACAUGUGUUCCUGAUGGCCUGUUGGACAUCAGUGUUUGCCAGCCAAUGAGUAAGUGAAGUGUAUAAUAGGAUUUUUUUUAUUAUUUUUGUUUAAUGACCAAUUCUAUAUCGUCUCGAAAAGAGGUUUGAUUUGUUUCUAUAAGUACCUCAUCCCCCUAUUUACAACGGUAUACUGCAUGUAAUCCACUUUUUACCAUUUAGCAAAAAGUGUAGUUUUAGACAGUGUUUUGAUCACGUCCCCUUAUUAGAUAAGACAUUAUAGAGAGGUUCAAAUUUGAAUUUACUGCUACCGUCGCCAUUAGGUGACGAUUAACCAAUCUGAUGCGUUUGAUAUGCCUUAUUAAUUAACCAAUCAGAUACGUACUAAGCCAGUGAGAGGUGGUAGCGGUAUUGGUAGCGGAGGUCAAAUCUGGAUCUCUCUAUUAAAGAUCCUACGAUGUCGGACGACAACGUGACGACGACUGCUAUUAACACAAUGAAAUUUAUGAUAUUUUAGAAAAUAAAUAAAUAAGGCCAAACAAUAGCUGGAUUUCUGGUUUCUCCGUUUUCGCACCCAGUCCCUGGCGUUGGCUUUGUACUAGCUAUAUAAAGUAUAACCUGUUUGUUUCAAAGUUGAUAUAAUUAACGGAUGUCUGUGUCAUCUGUGCUACCGUAAUAGACCUUAUGCAUAAUGACGUCACAAGGCUUGAUGCCCGCGAGGAAUGCUGGUCUUAGUAGUCAUCGCCCGGGAAAAUUCCGACAGUGGCUAAUUUGAAUUGUUUAAUUUUCCUGCGGGCGAUGACUACAAUGACCAGCAUUCCUCGCGGGCAUCAAGCCUUGUGACGUCAUUAUGCAUAAGGUCUAUUGACGUAGAAAUAAUUUUCAUGCAUGAACAUUUAUAAAAAAAUAACAAAACAAUAAACCCGACCUACCAUACCUGAGUUUUUGCAACAAGAAAUUUGCAACAGGUAUUGUUGUAAUUUUUGCUGUAAUUGAAAUCCCACAGGAGUUUAAAGGCGGAUUUCCAGUCCUCACACGAAGCUCCUCGCAGCUCGCUGCGAGUGCUUGCAUUGUGAUUGGAUGAAAGUGCUCAUGCAUGCACUCGCAGCUCGCUGCGAGGAGCUUCGCGCGAGGACUGGAAAUCCGCCUUUAGACGAUGUUCUCGUUCUGUUUAGCUCAGUACUAACCUCCUCAAACUGGAUUAAAUUCAUACGAUUAAUAAUACACAACAAGCUUCUUUACACGUUACACUACGUUUAGUGGUGCACCGUGUAAAUGGGUUUUGUUUAGUCAUUGUACAUAUAUGGCACCAUGUCCAUGACGUUGCAAUGUGGUUUAUAUCGUGUUUCAACAUUGGCAACAUACAGUAUUGGUGUUUCAUUUUAUAGACUGCAUGCUUGCUUUGUUAUAUGUAGCAUGCCAGCUAGUUCAGUAUUUUGAAUGGCUAUACUUCUAAAUAUAACUGUAAAUCAGGCAUUUUUGUGCCACAUUUGUAAUUAAGUUAUACUGAAAAUGUCCAUCUUCUAAAAAUUGAGCCAAAUUCCGAACUUCAGAUUGUAAUAACUUUUGAUUGCCCUGAUUUUGAUGAAAUAAAUACCAAAAUGUUUCAAAAGAUGAGCUCUCUUAAACUAGUGUAUUUUUCAAGGUCCCUUGUCAACAUGAAAUUUGAAUUGCGGUCCCUAUAAUUAUUUAUAAACUAUUUUAUGUAUUUAUUAUAAUACGUUAUCGGUAAUAUCGGUCAAAAAUACCGAUACCAAUCUUUUGAAUUUACAUGUAGGGUCGAUAUACCGAUAUCCGAUACACCGAUAUGGAUAUCGAUGAAUCACUAUGACUACGUUAUAGCUAAAAAAGUUGAACGAACAGGUUGUGUUAAUCAACUGAACACGAAAAUAAUCUAUAUCCGAUUUACAUACUGUACAUUGGCUAAAAGUUCAUUUAUUUUGUGUAUUCUUUAUGAAUGAUUUAUACUGUAUGGGAUGAAUGAUUUAUUAUGGGAUGAUCUGAAACUCAAUUCCAAUGAACUGAAACUCAAUUCUAGUGGACUGAAACUUAUUUCCGAUGGCUGAAACUUAAAUCAUAUUAACCAUGUUUAGAUGUUCCAAUAGUUGUAUCGCUUCCGCAUUUUCUGUUUGCGAAUGAAUCUGUUAUCAAGUCUGUUGAUGGAAUGCAUCCAAAUGAAGACGUUCAUGCUACAUUUGUUUCAGUUGAACCGGUAAGAUUCUGUUGUUUGAUUAUGAUACGCACUUUCCAACUGGGAAAGGUUGUUAUAAGUUUGAUCAGUGCUAAUCCUAGGGGAACCUACAGAACUAGCUGUUUUGGUUUUCCGUCGUUGAGGUUUAAUAAAUAUUUUCAGUGUAGGAACAGUAUAGUAGGAAAAUUAAGUUGGCGUUUAAUAAAAAGGGAUGGUUGUACAAUACAAUACAAUACAAUAUGAUUUAUUAGUUAAUCCCCGUAAGGGCUUUUCAUAACUAAUUUGCAAAUAAGUGUAGUAAUAUGAUAUUUACAUGCAAUUAUUUAGAACUUUUGUUAAAAAGAUAGAUUGUCUAUAGCUAUAAACUAGAAUUACUGUAUAUUACGAGGACUAUUAAAAAUUAAUUCUGUCUAUUGAUUAACUCUGUUCGUACGGCCUUCUUAAAUCCUCCUAGAGGCUAGAGUUGAAAUGUUUCGAGUCGAAAGAUCAAAUGAGUUCCACAGCAGUGCUGCAUGAUUAAAAAAGGAUCGCUUAGCUUUAGAUGUUCUACAUCGUAAUAUGUUUAAGUCAUUUGCCUGCCUAUAGUAAAGUGAUUAUGAAUUUGCGAACGGAUUACUAGCUUGGAACUAAGAUAGGCAGGUGCAAGACCAUGAACGAUUUUAUACAUCAUGAUAGCAUCACGGUACAAUAGAAGAGUCGUUAACUGACAACCAUCCCAGCUUAUCUAAAGCCGGGGUGAUAUGAUCGUACUUUCUUGUUCCGUACUUUCUUGUUCCGGGGUGAUGUGAUCGUACUUUCUUGUUCCAGUAAAGUUUGUUAUGAGAUUUCUCUAUUCUCUGAACAAUGAUGUCAUAUUUAAGGUCAAGGUCCAUGUACCAAUUUCUGGUAUUGACUUGAGUCCCAUCACAGUGUGGUCCCACGAAAUAUUUGCCUUAACCAAAACACAACCUGCUGACGCUUAACUAUACAUGCUAAUGAGCAGAGUUAGUUGAGGCUUUGCUAUGCUCACAAAAACUUAUAGUCACCCGAUGCUAGAACUAGAUUGGCUGUGCCAAAAAAAUGACUAGUUACAUGUAUACUACUGUAGGUGACACCAAGUAUAGACUAUACCGAAACAAAUGGUUAGUUAUACUAGGUUACACCCAGGUAUGCUGUGCUGAGAUAAAGGUAGUAAAAGAUAGGAUAACCUAAGAAAUGUAAUGUUUAUUUCACUGCAGAAUACUGGAAUUACAAUGAAGGCAAGCAAAAGAAUUCAAAUUAAUGUGGCUGUAGACAAAGUUGCCGGAAUUGAGUAAGCUAUGGUCAUUGCUGUAUUUUUUCAUCUCUACGGAUAAUUUACCACCAUUUUACAAAUUCAAUGAAUUUUUCAUGGGAAAUUUUUCAUUUCUCGUUGCCAUGGCAUUUAGUCAUGUAAUCAAUUGCAAACACUAGCUCAGAAAAGGGGGCGGGGGCAAGGAGACGGUAUUAAGUCGAAGCCAUGCUAAUAUGUUGUUUACAACGGAACCUCUCCUCAUUAUGGGCACCUCUUUAAUAUACGUACACCUCUCUGUUAUACGGAUAGUUCCUUGUGUAUAACCCUUUAUUACUGACACCCAUGCGACCAUGUGAUACUGUCUUCUUUGUCAAGUACUUAUAUCAAGGUUGUCCCUCACUAUUAACAAGUUGUAUAAUUCACGCAUACAAUGUUGUGAAUCCAUGUUUUCAUAAAUUGCCAUAAACCUCUUUGUGGGCCAUAUCUAUUUUUCUCGUUUUUUAGUCAGUUAAAGAAAAUACGGAAAGUUUAUCUUCCUGUGUUGUUUGUUAAUGAGGUAAUUUUUAUAACUCAUCUGACACUGCAUCUAAAUAAUAAUAUAUUCUUCAACAGAUAUGUUAUUUACCGCGUCAGGGAAAAACACUUUCCCGAGGUUUCAUCUGAUUUAGAAGCAUUCCAAACAGUGAUGCAAAGAUUUUGCGUCUCCUCCGCUGAGGCUUUCUAGUGUGCUAUGUGGACGUUCUUGGCAUUUAUGGAAAGAGGCUAGAGGGCAAUAAAGGUGCUAGAGGGCAUUGGAAUUACUAAUAUAUAACUGGAAUGCCACCUCCAACCGGAAAUUUGAAGCCAAACUUGAAGGCCAGUCCCAGUCUUUUCUCGCAUGCGAAGAGCGCUGAAGCAGUCAAUCAUGAUAUAAACACUUGUGAUAUCAACACUGGUCAGAUUUGGCUUCAAGAAAAAGAUAGGCACUUUAUCUGAAGGCAUAUAUAGCGUUUCAGUUAUAUUAAUUUCUAAUGUUAGAGGUUCAUCUAGCGCCGUUCGCCUUUUAGCGCCUUUGUUAUACCUUCCAGCGCUUUUCCACAAGGGAGUCCAGAAAGCAAACUGGAAAACCUCAGUGGAAGAGAGUCGUAUAUGAUCGAUUCCGUGGUUCUUCUUUGGUUUUGCAUUCUCGAUACCGACGCUCGUAUUUUGUUAUUUUUGUCAUUCAAUCAUUGUAAGUGUUAUUCAAUGUUGUUCUCUUUAUCUAGAGUGCUGUUAUUAGUGAAGCGGAUGCUAAGAAAUUUAAAGAAGACGUUAUUCUGCCAAAAGAAAUUGCAGAUAUUGGGAAAUAUGUAUUGAUUGCUGUCGGAUGCCUUUUUAUUUUGAUCGGUUUGAUCCUACUUGGAUUAAGAAGCAGGGUACGUAAUGCUUUUAUUUAAAAAUUAGAAAACAGUAAUAUAUGUAAAUAUGUUUAUAUUAUUAACAUUUUACUGACCCAGAAAUAUUACGAAUAGUAUUACGAUACACUUGAGGUCAAGUCGUUAGAAGCAAACGCAUUUGCAACUUGUUACAUUCCACCUCGAUGGCCAUUUUGUUACCUUCUAGUAUAGGCACUGUGGUCGAUUCAAGGCUGACCACAGAGAUUCCGACCAUUUGGUUACUAGUGGAAAUUGGAGUCUCCAAACAUUUUUAGGUCAACAUUUUUAGAUUUUAGGUUUAUCAAGCUUUCAUAGUUAAAACUUGGUUUCACAUACUUUGAGAAAAUAUUGAAGGCUGGGGGGACGGGGGUGGUCGCUCGCCAUCGUCACACGCGCCCCCUUGUGUCUGUCAUUGAUCCAAAGAUUUGAUACACCUUCACCAGUUGCUUUGAAAAAUAAUAUUUACGAACACCAUAAAUUAUUGGUUUCAUGAAAUUUGUAUCUGAUGCGUGAUCCAUGUUGCGAUCGUCAUUUUUUGAUUUUUCAUAUUUUUUUCUACAGGGAGUUCGUUAUACAGAGCCUUUUGUUCAAUCACAUAAUCCCAAUAACGAGGUUGACAACGACGUAUCUCCUCUUAUAUCGCCUAAUUACGUCACGUAAAAUUUAGUAAAAACAUGUGAACAUUUGGAUCUAUUACAGUUGUUCGAUCAAAAUACAUUUGGUAUAAAUUCAUAUUAUAUGAUUUCAAUAAUAUGAUUUCAACGCAUAUUUAUAUAUCCACACUUAUAACUAAACAAAUACUUUAUAUAAAUCUAGGUAUAUAUGUACACCAAAUUUUCGUAAUUAAAUAUUGUUGUUAACAGCUUUCUCUAAUAUUUACAACUGUUUGUUACACAUUGAAGUGUUUUCUGAUUAGUGAUAUCACCUAUAGCAUCUGGUUGAGCUUUCGUAUUGUUAUACCCUAUGAUGUA